GUGGGACCUAACCCCCCGAGGAGAGGCGUGGAGGCGGGGAUGAGCACAAGCGAAUAAGUGAACGGACCUACUGAGCUCUACGGUAGUAUCGUUUCAGAGACGCUCUCGGCCUACAUACAGCUUGUACCGCCUUCAGCCGUACUGGAUCGCAGAUCAGAGAGAAGGCGGGGGUGGAAAGGCAGUCUAAUGAACUGUGCAGAGAGGGGCUUCCCGGAAUGGAGUAACGGGCAAACGAAGGAUAUGACAAAAAUCAAGUGGACAGCUCUCGUGAAGCGGGAGCAUUGCGUAUUUGAGCAAGGGAUAGAGGGAAGUAAUACAAGACGCUUCAGACUGGAAUGUGGCUGGUCUGGGUUGGAACUCUAAUCCUUGCUGCAGUCCGACUUCAUCUUCGGCGCGGGUUGGAGUUGUUGUAUUUAUCCCUUGCUUCAUUGAGUUUUUAAUCAUUUGAUUGAUUUAAUCAUUUGAUUGAUUGUGUUAUGUGAUGCCAGUAGCGAAUGGUGUCUAAGAGUGGUCGAGGCUGGAUAUUGAGAAGUGUCCUGUCGCGUGCCUCCAUUCACAUGCUGCUGAGAUCUACGUGUUGAAGUCUGUUCAUCGCCCAAUGCGGUUCUGGAACGAAGAGAUUGGCCUCCAACAACGCGUGUGUCGACCUGGUCGGGAGUCAUCAUAUGCCCUUUCUGGAUAUGGGCAGGGGACUGGUGUGGAGGCCACUGCUGCAGUCAGGGUAGAUCUUCGCAUUCACUCGUUAUCUUCGUCGUAGUUGUACCCAUUUGGUUUGGUGUUUGAUUAGCAAGAGGCUAAGACUCUAAACAGCGAACAGGCCUUUCUGAUCUCCAGAAGCGAGAGUGAUCGUGUUUAUCACAAACACACACUCAGAGAGAGAGAGAGAGAGAGAGAGAGAGAGAGAGAGAGAGAGAGAGAGAGAGCAGCAGCAGCAGCCAUGGGAGUUGUUUUCUUAGAUGGUUCGACUAUACGUGCGUUCGUGAAUAAGAAGGAGGCGUUCGCGCGAUGUGUGGACGAGAUUUUCCAUGGCCUGGAUGUCGACGGUGAUGACGUUCUUUCGAAGUCUGAAAUGAGGCCAGCGUUGGAGAACGUCAGUGAGCCCGAUCUGCAGCAGCAGAUGCUCGCACUGGCUUCCCCUUCUCGACGGACGAUGGCUUCCAGGGAUGAGGAGCGAGACAAGUUCUACGAUCGAUUGUUCGAAAGGUUUGAUCAGGAUCACAAUGGGGUGGUGGACAAAGAGGAGUUUCUUGCAAGCGAGCGGGAAAUCUUGCUGGCUAUCGCUGAUGGACUCGGAGAUGUUCCUAUCAGUAUGGUAGUUGAAGACAAAUCUCUCCUUCAGUCGGCGGCCGAUAUGUGCUGUCCUCCCUCUCCUGCUCAAGCUUCGCUGAAUGCGCCAGCGGUGUCCAUCCACAUGGGCGGGAUUGGAUCGCCGGUGCAGGAUAGGAGCAGGACUCCAUCUCUCUUUGGCAACUUGCCGUGCCAGCUUCCGCGAAUCGCCACGCCGACUCGCAUCGGUGAUCCUUCCAAGAAUAGUGGUGUUGAGGACAGAUCGCUCUCCGCCACCUCUGAGGCUGUCACGCUUUCGCAUAUGACUGGAGAUCGGGGCCCUCUCGAGAAUGGUAAUGGUGUUGUUGUCAAUAGUAAUUCUCCUGUGUCUGAUAUGGACGGCGUUGAGGGGAUGGAUACCUGCGGAUCUGCUUUGAAUGGAUCUGAUCGGUGCUUCGCUAGCCCAGCGCGCCAGAAAGGUGGGAAUGAAUCGUCAUCGAAAGGAUCCAGCGAGGGAACCGUACCGCGUACGGCGGUUGACGUCAACGGAUCUGCUGCUGUUACGACAGAAGGGGCGACUGCAGUACUACCGGUAGGAGUCGGGUCCGCGGAAGCGGCGCCGACGUUGUUGGUCCAUUAUGAACAGAAUGCCAAGGAAAAAGUGGUUGUGCUUGGUCGGUGCCCGCCACCCCGCCUGAGUGCCUGGAGAAUUUCGACCACGAAGUCUGGCAGUGACAGUAAUCGCGGUGGCGAGCAAACCGGUUACGUGUCUUCGAACGGCGUUUCUGCGGGGGCUUUACCAACUGCAAGUGCAGAUAGUUCUUUGAAGAGGAAAAUUGACGUUUCGUCGCGGAUCGAUGAAUACCUUCCUGUGAAGAGACCGAGGGUGUGUCAACUCUACGAGUGCGCUCUCGACUAGGGAAGAGCGAGAGAGAGAGAGAGAGAGAGAGAGAGAGAGAGAGAGAGAGAUCAGCUUUCUGUGAAGAGACCGAGGGUGUCUCAACUCUAGGAGUGCGAUCUCGACAAUGGAAGAGAGAGAGAGAGAGAGAGAGAGAGAGAGAGAGAUCACCUUCCUGUGAAGAGACCGAGGGUGUAUCAACUGUGUUAACUUUAGGAGUGCGCUCUCGACAAGGGAAGAGAAAGAGAGACAGAGAGAGAGAGAGAGAGAGAGAGAGAGAGAGAGAGAGUUUCCGGUCUGUUUUUAUUUUGGAUAUUGGCGUCGGUGGGCGCGUCACCUUGUGACGGGACGCGGUUUCGCGUUUCGUCGGGGUGGUGGUGUUAUUUCGUGCAUUGUCUGUUUGUCGGGAAGGUCAUAGGAUAGAUACACUUCUGCACUGUAGUCGUUCGUAGGAUAUCUGUGCAGUCGUGGCCGUGUUAGGUAUAUUGAUUAAAUUUAGUCCGAUUGAACAAGUUGGAUGAUGUUCCUAAUUUCUUUGCGAUUAUCAAUUUGUCGAAACUCGGCGUGUUACCCGGUUUUGGUUUGUUGGGCGCAUAACUGCUUCUCUAUGACUUCCGGUAGUUUAACUCGAUCGAUCUAAUUUAGCAGUAGAUGAUGUGACGACGGACUCAAUUAUUAGACAAUCAAGAUGACCCGGUAAUGGUUUGUGCUGGCCAUGGUGAUUGAUGAUUGAUGAUUCUUAAUGUCGGCAGCGGUGAGGAUACUAUUGUCGAUGGCGGUCUGCGGUACAUGCCUCGAAAUCGUGUGCAGUUCAGUUCGUUGGAAAGGUCCUAAAUAAAAGGUGAAUGCAGGUAGAAGUGCCGACAUGUUAAUGUUGUCGAUUUUAAUGUCGAUCGAUAAUGUUAAUAUUGUUGAUGCUGCUGUGAAUGACAAGAGCAGCUGGCGAUGUGGAUGCUAUCUUUAUUGAUGUCGAUGUGCAUGCAUGACAAUAUGGGCUUUGGUUAUGUGCAUGCAUGACAAUAUGGGUUUUGGUGAUGUGCAUGAUGACAAGAUUUUGUGGGUGAUGUGCGUGAUAUAAUAUUGACGGCGAUGUGCUUGACAAGGAAUAGAUGGCGAUGUGGAUCCUUUCUAGAGCGUCUUCGUGGUCAAGCGUGUAAUUCUGCUACGGUACGUUCUGUUCCAUGUUGGAAAGUUUCCCCGGUGUGUAUGAGAGGGUACGUGUGGAAGUCCGGUGUGAAUGAGAGGUUACAUGUAGAAGUCGUGGGAUGACUGGCGGACUACCGUAGUUGGGUCUUUGACCUUGAUGUGAAUGGUGCAAAAUCUCUGUCGAUUAUUGAUUGCUCUUUGUUUCGGUGGAGUUGCUGGUGGAAUCGUGGAGGUGAGGAUCUAGUGUGUUCGGCCUUCUAGCGUCAUCCGUUUCGACGAGGUUCGAAGGGACAGGUGAAGAUCCUUUGGAGUUGCUGGUCGAAUCGUGGAGGUGAGGAUCUAGUGUGUUCGGCCUUCUAGCGCCAUCCGUUUCGACGAGGUGCGAAAGGACAGGUGAAGAUCCUAGCUGAGUUGCUGGUGGAAUCGUGGAGGUGAGUGAGGAUCUAAUGUGUUCGGCCUUCUAGCGCCAUCCGGCUGAGGUUCAAGAGGACAGUGGAAGAUCUCGAACUUCUACAGCCAUCCGGCUGAAGUUCGAGAGGACAGUGGAAGAUCAUAUGAUAGAGUUGCUGGUGGAAUCGUGGAGGUGAGGAUCUAGUGUGUUCGGCCUUCUAGCGCCAUCCUUUUCGGAGGUGAGGAUAUAGUGUGUUCGGCCUUCUAGCGUCAUCGUCUUCUAGCGCCAUCCUUUUCGAUGAGGUUCAAAAGGACGAAGAUCAAAUCGUAGAUCAUAGUUUUCUGGACAUGAGAGGGAGCUGAAGUGUAGUGUGAACUGGGUAGCUCUUCUCCAUGUGGCAGGUAACUGAAGGAAGUGACUGUUGAUGCUGUCUUAUUCGAUGAAUGGAUCUUUCGAGGAAGCGAACGAGCUCAGCGAAGAGGCGAAUAACGGAUUCCGAUGUUUGGAAGUAUUUGAUGGAGGUCUAUUUAGGGGAGAAGUCGGUUUUUAUGCUCGUGUCGUUCGCGGGCAGCCUGCUCGGUCAUAAUAAGUGUGCCCCUUUCGAGUCCUAUUACUUGCACCUGGUCCGAUUAACGAUACCCCGUGCAGUUGGCGAUGUCGUUGGUUCGCAGAUCGACCGAUGCACUUGUACGAAUUCAGUAUGCACAUCGGCUAUACCCCGUGCACUUGUACGGAUUCAGUGUGCACAUCCGCUAGUCGGUCUAGCGGAUGACGAUGUUUGACUAGCGCCGCCGCCGCGGUGAUUCGCCCGCCUUGUUCUAUCCGCAACGAUGUCCUCGUUUGUCGAAGUGUGCUGUGCUGCAUCUUCUUGGACGCCUGUGUUAAUCAGUUUGGAUUUCCCGUCCCUCCUUGGACGGCUGCUGCUGUCGUUAGUUUGGCCUUUCGUAUAGAACGGGUGGGCGGCCAUUUGUCUCAUGGCGUAGUCGACACAGUCCCUUGUAAUUAAUUGAGUAGGUAAUCGAGCACGACGAGAGCGCACUACAAGAGAACUAGAAGAACGCGAGCAACUACAAGGACACCUGCACAGCGCUUUCAAGCACACUUCAAAAGCACUAGAAAAAGUCCACACGAUCACCACAAGAGUACUACAAGAGUAGCUCAGGGGGUACUAAGUACCACACGGGUAGUCAAGCAGCACUUGAAGUAGACUACACGAGCACCACAAGGACACCAGGAAAAGAGUACCACCGAAAGGACACCAGAAAUCGAGUACCACCAAAAGGACACUAGAAAGAGUACCACCAAAAGGACACUAGAAAGAGUACCACCACAAGGACAGUAGAAAGAGUACCACUGGAGCACUGAAGUAUCACACGGGUGGUCUACCGGUAGCGGGAGUAGUACAGGGGCUCUACAGUUGGUUGUCAUUCGAGGGACGUGCGUUGGGUUGGUUGCCUACAAUGAGGCUCUUCACCACGAGUUCGUUGUUUCGAUGUGACACGUGGAUUCCAUGCUAAACUGGUUUUUGGACGAAUGCAGUCCCCGCAUAUCCUGGGGGACAUGUACAUCAAUGGAGAAGAGCUGCAAUUUCUGCGAACCUCUGCAUCUCGAAGGCACGGCCUCCACGUUAAGUCACGCCAGACGUGUUUGUAGAUAGGUGCAUCUAUUUGCUUGGUAUCGUCUGCUUAGUCGUGGCGCGAUUGAGGAUGGAUCGAACGUCAGACGUGUCCUCUGGCUAUUGAGAGGGGAGCUCCACGGUUCGUCAAAGCACUGGCCGCUGCCACCUGUGUGGUAGUAGGGGCAAGAUCAGUGGUUGAGGGUCCAGCCAGAAAGAUGUUAUAGCACUUGGAAGCUCGACGACGAGAAGGGCCGGUGCGCGGCAAAUUCCAGCUGAGGCUGCUGCUGCUGGGUCAUAGUCUCUUUAGUAGUGGAACCGUCUUGAAACGAAAAUCUUAAUAGUUGAUUGUUUAUGACGUGAGUGAUGCGAUUACGAUUUUCUGUGAGUUCAUUGUUAUCGAAGCAUUUGAUUGAUGCACUUUUUAUUAGCUGAAGUCAUUCGUGUGACUGCGCGUUGUGAGCGCUGAUAUUCUUCACACACACACACAGACACAUACGCAGACAGAGAGAGAGAGAGAGAGAGAGAGAGAGAGAGAGGCUCUAGUGUUUAGGGCCCCGGUGAUUUUUGGCGUAAUGUGAGGAUAUUCAGGACUGGAUACCCAAAUGGAAUUUCUGGAUAAUUGAUGUGGAUGAUAUCUGUGUUUGCUUUGCACUCUACAUUCUUUAUGCUCUGUUCAGA